UGCAUAGAUUAGAAUUAAUGAUUCCAAAUUCACCUGAAGCUGAAAAACUUAAAGAACUAGGAAAUGAACAAUUUAAAUUGAGUAACUUCCAAAGAGCAAUCGAAUUCUACACUGCUGCUGCUGAGAAAGCCAAUGGUAAUCAUCAAUUGUAAUUCAUCUCUAGGCAAUCAAAGACUUGUUUGUCUCUCAAAUAGAGCAUUUGCACACAUCAAAAUGGAAAACUACGGACUCGCCAUUAUAGAUGCCGACGAGAUUUUAAAAGAGGAUUCUGGAUUCAUUAAGGCUUAUUACAGAAAAGGUUCUGCUUAUUUGCUAUUGGGGAAGUUCGACGAUGCUCGAAAAGAGUUCAAAAGGGUAAACAAUUCAUAAUAAUUUUGCUUAGGCUGACACUCUCACCCAAGGAAAAGAUGCUGACAUUUAGGCAAAACUGAAAUAAAUCAAGUAGGCAAUCUACGAACGAGAAUUUGCAAAAUCCAUCGAAAGACCAGAUGAAGCGAGUGAGCCAAUUGAUAUUAAGGACAUCUUUGUUGAACAAGGGUACGAUGGACCCAGAAUCGACAAUGAUAUCAGUGAAGUUACACCGGAAUGGUAAGACUUAUUAGAUUAUGAUAAGGUGUGAGAAAUUGAUGAAUCAUUAUAAAGAUCAAAAGAAAUUGCACAAAAAAUACGCAGUUAUGUUAUUGCAAAAGGUGGGAGAAAUAUUGAAAUCCCAACAAAACGUUGUGGAAUAUGAUGUUCCUAAGUAAAUAUUUAUUCAUAUAUUUUCCAGAGAUCUUGAGUUUACUGUAUGUGGAGACACACACGGACAAUUCUUUGAUCUCUUAAACAUUUUUAAAAUAAAUGGCAACCCCUCAGUCAACAGACCUUACCUAUUCAAUGGGGACUUUGUGGACAGAGGAUCUUGGAGUGUAGAAGUCAUCAUGACUCUGUUUGCAUGGAAAGUAUGCAAUCCAGAGAUCAUGCAUUUGACAAGAGGCAAUCACGAAAGCAGAAACAUGAACAAGCUCUAUGGAUUCGAAGGGGAAGUCAAACACAAGUAUGAUGACAAGGUUUACGAACUGUUCUAAACUGUUUUCAACUAUUUACCAUUAGCUUACACUCUAUCCAAAUAAGUGAUGGUUGUUCAUGGAGUAAGAUGACCUCUUUACUAUUCUCUAGGGAUUGUUCUCCAAUGAUGGUGUUACUAUCAGUGAAUUACAGAAAUUGAAUCGUUUCAGAGAAAUACCUGAAGGUGGUCCCAUGGCUGAUAUGUUGUGGAGUGAUCCCAUCAAGUAGAAUGGAAGACAUCCUAGCAAAAGGGGCAUUUCUAUAUCCUUUGGACCUGACGUUGCUCAUAAAUUCUUAAAUGAAAAUGGCUUAUGUAGAUUUAGUACUAUUUUAAAAGCUCUGUUGGUGAGAUCCCAUGAGAUGAAGGAUUAAGGGUAUGAAGUGGAGGCUGAUGGCAGAGUCAUCACCAUUUUCUCAGCUCCUAAUUAUUGCGAUCAAAUGAAGAACAAGGGGGCAUUUAUUAUUUUCAGGGGAGGGGAAAUGAAGCCCAAGUUCAUUCAAUUCGAUGCUGUGGUAUUUGCUGUGGUCUAUAAAUCAUUUAGGAACAUCCGAAGUUACCACCCAUGGCUUAUGCUAGAAAUUACGGAAUGUUUAUGUGAAAACACAAUAUUAAAUUUAUGUUUUUGUGCAAAGAAUAAUUUACAAUAUGUAAGUUUU